AUGUGUUGGCGUGUCUAUCUGUCUGUCUGUCUGUCUGUCAAGAUGGAUUUUGAUGUUAUUAGACCACCAUCGUAUUCAUAUGAUGUUAUCAUUAAAUCAAAUAAUGAAAAGGCUAGUAUUCAUUCAAAUUAUGGAUUCUAUCAAGGUAAAAUAGAUGAUUCAAUGUACAAGGAAGGUGAAGGUGUAUUCUUGCAUCCAACCUGUACCUAUGUCGGAGAGUGGAAGAAUGACCAAAAGUGUGGUGAUGGCAUAUUGAUAGUCAAUGAUGGAUACAAGACAUUCCAAGAACUAUCGAGUAUCAUCCCUCCCACCGCCGUUAUAUCGGCCAACAAAGACGUAGGGUUCAAGACAACAGGGUCACUCGAGAAUCAAGUCAUUAUUAAUGGUCCUGGAAACCAAAACUAUCAGACAAAGAGCAAGACCAACCAAUCGUUUACAUUGGUUGAUUCUGUCAUUGUCAAGGUACAGACGCCAGAGUAUUUGUCGACACGUGACUAUUACCAAGGUAAAUGGGCGAGUAGUCGAGCAAAUGGUAUCGGAUCAUUUCACUUUGCAAAAAACAAAACAGUUCAAGAAGAGUUUUGGAGAAAUGGUGUAGCCAUUCGAUACUAUAACAAUGAAAAUCAACUAUUGAAAUUGAUAGAUUCAAGUAUCGAUAAAUCUAAUCAACUGCAAACACAACAAUUACCUUCAUCACCACCACAAAAAUCACCAAGACAACAACAACAACAAUCACAAUCACAACCUCUACCACCACAAUCACCACAAUCAAUGUCAAGUAGUUUGGCAACAGGUACAUUACCACAAAAUGAUGAGUUAAAGAGAAUGUUGGAUGAUUGGAAAGUGGUUGUAGGGACGUUUGAUGAUUUCCCAAUUGCCAAGCCAUACUUGGGAAGUGCGAGUACUACUACAUUCACCAACGGUACGACAGCUCAGAACCUUCAUCCCAAUGAGGACGAUAACAACGAUUUGAGACGUCCAAUGAUUCGAUCACCAAACAAGGUUGGCGAGUUUUUGACAUCAUCUUCAUCGACUGCUUCGUCAGUGUCGUCGGGUCUGUCGUCAUCUAUUUCGUCACCAAGUGUUUCUUCAUCGAUCCAAUCAAACGCCAAUGGAAACGGAAGUUUGAAGCAAGCUUUUGGAGUGGUCACUUCGAGAUAUUUAAAGAAUCGGUUGGAACAAGAGGACAAGUUUUUCGUUACACUGCUUCGAUUCAUUUCGAUUUGGGAGUUGCCAUUGAUUAGUAGAGCAUCGGAUUUACCAGGCAGCGGUAGUGAUAAUGGAUACACUCCAUCUAAUUUUAUGAUUGUCGUACCUGAUUUAGAGUCUGGUUCGUUUGUCACACUCUCAACACUCGUAAUGCAAUCUACCAUUGUUGAAAAGAUGGUGUUCAAGUUGUUGACCGAUCCACUCACCAAGAAUAAUGUUAUGCUCGAACCAGAAGCAGCGGCAGCUCAUCAGGGUCAGGGUCAAGGUCAAGCUCAUUCGAUCAUCCCGACACCAGAAGAGAACGAGUUGUACAAGCUACUACCCUUCUCACUCGAGCUCGACAUUGAGGAUGCAGCCAAUUCCAAGCACGUUGUCGAGCCAAUCAUCGCCACACUCAAACAUUUCACAAAGGCAAUCGACAAUUUCGACAACAUUCCUGUAUUCCUUGUACAUCAUAUCUGUGACAUAGUAUCUGAGCAGUUUAUCCUAUUACUCUCCAAAAUCAAUCUAAAUCGACAAAUGUCACCUAGAACAGCUUUAAAUGGUAGUAAUGGAAUUUCAUCUACAUCUUCCAGUAAUUUAUCAUCUACAGCUACAACACCAAGAUCUGCUGCUGCAAGUGGAGGAGGUACACCACCAAUCCUACAAAAACAACCAAGUAGUUUAUCAUCAACAACCACUGGAGUUAGAACCAAUCAACAACAACAACAACAAUUAAAACAACAAUUGCAACAACAACAACAACAACAACCAUCAUUAUCAAAAACCAAUUCAAAUAAUGUCAAUUCUAUUCAAAAUCAAUUAAAACAACAACAACCAAUUGCCAAUAAUCUAAAGAAUCAAUUCCAAAAGCAAUCGACAAUUGAUAAUAUCAACAAAUACUAUGACAUUCAAUCAAACAAUAAGCAAUCCAAUUUUGUUGAUCUAUCACUUGCACUACUCGAUCCAAUUGUACUAGAGUACAUAUUCUACCUAUUUAAAGAGACAUUUGACUUUAUUCCAAAUGCCCUUGAGUCGUCGGUCGAUCUAUUGAAAAAGGUGUCAAAGAAUAUUGGUGUUAUCAAACAAAUCAUGCUCACCAAGAUCAAUCUAUUCAAAGAAAGUAAGGGUAUCAGUAACCAAGAGGUGGAACCAAUCAAAAUUGGAGCAACACGAUCAAAGUCAUCCUAUAGCGAUUAUCUAAAGACAAAGGAUCAAGAGAUUGAAAACUUUAUCGUCUCUCAGGAAAAAGAAGUGGAACUAUUUGAUCAAACCAUGCGAACCUUUGACAAACUAUUUAUUCUUUUAUAUCGUCAUCUUGUUAGAAUCACCAUUGGACGUCUCACUCUUGCCGUUCAAUUUAUCAAUCGAAUCAAACAAUCGGAAAACUUUAAUCUUUUACCAAAAGAUUAUAUCGUUCGUUUUAUUAAACAUGUUCAUAAUAUUGUUAUGAAAAUUCAAUCAAUUACAACAAAUAUUACUAUUCAAAUUGAUAAAGAUAUAUCAGAUUCUAUAAAAUCAUUUUUAGAACAAAAUAAUAAUAUAUUUUCAUUAUUAAAAUCAGUUAAUCAAUUAUCGAUUAGUUCAUCACCACAACAAUUAUCACAACAACAACAACAAAGUUUACAACAAUUGGUUCAACAACAACCCACUUCAACAUCAUUCCUUAAUGGGUUUAUGGGUAUGGUUCUUGGUAAAAGAAAUUAUACAUCUGAACCUUCUACCUCUUCUUCUUCUUCUUCUGUCACACCUACGCCCACUUCUUUAUCAUCUUCUUCUUCUUCCUCUUCUUCUACUUCUACUACUGAACCAAAUGGUGCUAAUCAAUCAGGAAAUACAACAACAACAACAAGUCAAGAGGAUAGUGUUAUUAUAUUAUCACCAUUACACAAGAUUUCAAAGGAAAUCAUUCAUGGAAACUAUCAACAUAUUAUACUAUUAUCAUCUUGUGGAGAUGAGUUGUUGGUAACUUUUCUUGGUAGCAUUCUAGCAGAGACUAGAUCAAAUUUAAAGGACAAGUCAGAUGAAUCAACUCAACAUUUGGUUAAUAUUUUACUUAAAAGUGCUGUUUGUUGUCAAUUUAAAUCUUAUAGAACCGAAGUAUUUAAAUCAAUUGCUCAAUUAUCAAAAAUUUGUAUUGUAUCAAAAACAAAUCAAAAGAAAAAAAAUAUUCAUAAAUAUUUAUUUUUACUAAUUUUAAUUUAUUUUUUUUUAGACAAAGAAAAAGAUGAAUUAUUCCAACAAUAUAAAGAUAAUCUUAAAAUAUUUAUGGAUAUAUCUUUAAAGGAUGAUGCUUAUACAUUUUCACCAAACUUUUGUUUGUUUUUGACAAAUAUUUAUCCAAGUCUAUCGACUCAAUCAAAAAGGGAAUUUUCAGAUUUGUUUCCACUACAAAACUUUAUUGAAAUGUUGGACAAGAGUAAUAAUUGUACAAAAGCAAAUAGACCAAGUGCUGAAAGUUUAAGAAUUCAAUCUGCUCAAAUUUUAAUUUAUUUGGCAAAGUAUUCUUAUGAAAAUCUUGUAGAAUUAAAAAAUAAGGGAUCAUUAUCACACAUUUUAGAGAUUUGUAAACAUGGAGCAGUAUUUUCACAUAUAAAGAUUGAAGAAUCUGAUUUGGUGAUUGGAGAAUUUUUGGGAGCUGGUGCAUUGGCUCGUGUGAAUAGGGGAUUGUGGAAUGGAAAAGAGGUUGCCAUCAAGAUAUUUAGUGAGGUGUCAUUUACCUUUAGAUUGGAAGACUUUUUAAAAGAGGUUGCCAUCAUGGGUCUCAUCCAACACCCCAAUCUGCUAAAAUUAGAGGGUGCUUGUAUUAUUCCAAGAUCAGUAGACUCUAUCUUUAUGAUUGUCACUGAAAUCAUGCACAAGGGUACACUGUGGGACGUCGUUAAAAAGAACCACCCAUUGUCACUCCAAUUGGUCAUUAAAUACGCUGUUUCGGUUGCCAAGGGCUUGGCCUAUCUUCAUUCGAUCGAUAUUAUUCAUCGUGAUAUCAAGGCAGCCAACAUUCUCAUUGACAAGUAUGACAAUGCCAAGGUCGGUGACUUUGGUCUCAGUCGUGUCACUCAGCUCAAUAUGACUGCAGUCGCUGGUACACCCAAAUGGGAGGCACCCGAAUGUUUGGCAGGUGAUCUCUAUACUUCGGCCGCCGAUGUGUACAGCUUUGAUAUCAAGGAUCAAGAACAAUUAAUUUUAUUAAACUUUAUUUCAGCAUAUCCCAUUAUUCAUCAAACAUAG